AUGUUAGACUUGCCUAUUUUUAUAAUCACUGCUACUCUAUUCACUCUAGGAUAUGCUGCUGUCAAUUCAAGUAAUACUGGUAACUGCUACACUGGCCGUAUUACGCUUGAUAGCACCCGGAUGAUUCCUUUGUAUGGUAGCAGCUCUAUAGCUACUCGGCUAAGUGUUGAUGUUUCCAAAUAUGAUAUGGCUUUGGACACUGGUUCAAUCGAGUAUUUUAACCCGCGAGGAAUUACAAUGAACCUUAAAAGGGGACCAGACGGAAAAGGAAUCAUCACAUCGUUGUCUACAACUCGCUACAUCCUCUAUGGUCGGUUUACUGCUAGAAUUAAAUCUUCUCCUAUUCCAGGCAUUAUCACCACAUUUAUUACCAUGUCUUCUCGAGGAGAUGAAAUCGAUUGGGAAAUUAUUGGUGCUCGUCCAGGUUUUGCCGAAUCCAAUGUGUUUUAUAAAGGAAUCAAGGAAAUGGGUAUUCAUGGCAAAAAACACCCCAUUGAAAGUGCCCAUGGAAUCGCCGAUUACCAUGAUUACACAAUUGAUUGGAAACCAGAUGUGCUGACCUAUGCGGUAGAUGGAACAAUUGUUCGUAUACAUCGUCGUGAUGGUGCAGAAUCACAGUCUCCCAUGACACCACCUGGAGAGGAAUGGUAUCCAUCCACUCCAUCUCUUGUGCAAAUCUCGAUUUGGGAUGGUGGGUCUGUCGGUGGAGGAGUCAGCAAUUGGGCUGGCGGCGAGAUUCCUUGGACCAGUGCAAAUCUUUUCAAUUCAAGUUUGGAAUACCUUGAUAUCUACUGCUAUAACAACAAUGGUAAUCUUGCAUCUAAAUGGCCUAUGGACAACACUGUAAAUCCAGUUAGAUCGGCCAGCAUCUCAACUGGAGGAUUCGGUAUCUCGUGGAUUGUAUUGCAGAUUGUUGUAGCUAUGAUCUGGAAACUAAUUACAGCCUUUAAUCUGUAA